CCAGAAGGCGUCGCUACAUCAGAAAGGGGGUUUAAGGAGGAGGAAGGAGGGAGAGGGGUGAGGAGGAGGUGAGGGGAGGGGAAGUGUUGUCGGUCGGUCCGCGACAUGAAUGAACCAUGUUCGGUAACGGAGGCUUCGCUCUCCCGGUGUGCUCCUUUCUGCUGCUGCACCUCCCGGUUCUCCCGCUAACCAGCAACUGGCCCGUUAAGGAGGAGGUGUUCCAGUGGUGGGGGGAGUGGUCCAGCUGGUCCUCCUGCUCCAGGAGCUGUGGAGGAGGAGUGAGGAGUCAGGAGAGACACUGUCUCAUCCAGAGGUUAUCAAGCACCCAGAACGUAAACAGCUCGUUCUGUGCCGGCUCUCCCAAACAGUACCAGCUCUGUCCAAACCCGCCGUGUCCCAGCCCCAGUGUGAGCUUCAAACAGCACCAGUGUUCCCAGUUCAACUCUAAAGCCUUUGGAAGAAGAUAUUACCAGUGGAUACCGCUUUAUCCAGCCGAUUACAUCAGCAUCUCCAAUAAGCCGUGUGACCUCCAGUGUACGACCAUCAGCGGUGAGCGGCAGCUGCUGGUUCCGGCCCACGACGGCACCUUCUGCCGGGACACCAAGCACCACGGAGUCUGCAUAGAGGGGACAUGUCAGCCCGUAGGCUGUGAUGGGAAGCUGUACAGCAGCAGGACAGUAGACAGAUGUGGUGUCUGUGGAGGCAACGGGACGUCAUGUCAGCGCAUCUCUGGAUCCUACAGGACGGCACUCACACAGUUAGGUUAUGUGUUCAUCACCAACGUUCCAACUGGAGCUUCAGACAUUCAGAUUAUAGAGAGACACAAGACGGAGAACAUCCUGGCCCUGUCAGAUGAAGCGGGACAUUUCUUCUUCAACGGAAACACUGUGUUUGACAAUCCUCAAAACUUCCAUGUGGCGGGAACGGUGUUCAAAUACCGACGACCAGGCAGCGUGUUCUCUGACGGGCUGGAAUACAUCAUAGCACAGGGGCCCACGCUGCAGGGCCUCAACGUCAUGUACUACAACCUGAAUGGGAAACUCCCUCACAUCACGUAUGAGUACACCAUCCCCCUCAAGCCUCACCAUGUCACCGCAGCAGGCUCCGCCCACCUAAACCUCACCUUUAACGAGGUAAACGAGGACGUCAGAGGGGAUCAGAGCAGCCUGAUGAACCACAGCAGAACCGUCCAUCACUACAGCCCUCAGGAGGAGGAAGUGGUGUGGGAGAUCCGGACACCCAGCCCGCCUCCCCCGGUGGCCAUCUUAGUCUACAGACCAGCUGAUGUCACGAGUCACGUGUUCACCCACAACGAUGUGGAAGAGCAGGGACCUCCAGCACCAUCCGGAUACAAGAGUUCUUCCAACUCAGUUGAUGAACCGUCCAAUGCUGAUGACAACACACUGCUGCUCUCAUUCCCAGGUAGUCAGAGUGUUCUUUCUGCUGCGCUGCCAGACGAUGCUGCCUACGUCCUACUGGAGGAUUUACAUCACAACCAGACACAGUCCAACACUCACACUGUCCAACACACACUCACCCAUCCACCAGCAGAAACACAUGCAGAGACUCUGGCUGCCUCAGAUGCAGAAAUCCAGCCGGACACGCUCACGGUUACCGACACACGCUCUGUCGUCCACGCAGAAACAGAAGCACACACCGGCAUGUUAGUGCAGCUGCAGCAGGUGUCAGCCGUCCCAGCCGCCAACACAGAGAGCAAUGACUUUGAUGUGGGCCUGGACCCAGAUAUCAGCCUGGCAGACAUGUACCGCUGGAAAGUUUCUGCUUACGCUCCAUGCAGCUCCACCUGUACAGCAGGAAUCACCACCAGCUACGCCCUGUGUGUCCGCUAUGAUGGGACUGAAGUGGAUGACGGUUACUGUGACUCUGUGACCAGACCAGAACCCACUCAUGAGUUCUGCUCAGGAAAGGAAUGUCCUCCACGAUGGGAGACCAGCGGUUGGAGCGAAUGUUCUCGAACCUGCGGUGAGGGCGCUCAGUAUCGGACCGUACGCUGCUGGAAGAUGCUGUCGCCUGGCCUCGACUCUUCUGUCUACGAUUCCCUGUGUCUGUCCCACGACCUCCACAAACCGGCCAGCAGGAAGGUCUGCCACGGACAGAGCUGUGGAGCUCAGUGGGAGGUGUCAGAGUGGUCCGAGUGCUCGGCUCGUUGUGGCUCUCGGGGCGUCCAGACUCGAGAGGUUCGAUGCUCCGUGGAAAUGAAGCUGUGUAACAAGUCCUCUCAGCCAAUAGAGAGCCAGGAAUGUGAAGCCCCGCCCUGUGACAGACGAUGGACCGUCUCUGAUUGGGGGCCUUGCUCAGGUGUGUGUGGGGAGGGGAGGAUGGUGCGUGCCGUCACCUGCCGCUCAUCAGGUGGGCUAGUGAUGUCAGAGGAGCAGUGCGACCAAUCACUGCGGCCGCUGGCCAUCUAUCCUUGUGGUGACAGAGACUGCGCCCCCCACUGGGUGGAACAGGAAUGGCAGCAGUGUAACGCUACGUGUGGCCGUGGCGUGCGACAGCGUCAGGUGGUGUGUGCCGGUCUGGAAGGAGGCGUGUUCAAAGAGUUUCCAGACAGCAGCUGUGAGCAGAGUAAGAAACCAGAGACGAGCUCCUCCUGCUUCCAGAGACCCUGCUCCAAGUGGUUCACCACAUCCUGGUCCCAGUGCAGUAAGACCUGUGGGAGUGGCGUCCAGGUUCGAGAAGUCAAGUGUUACCAGGGGGAGGAGCUGGUAACCAGAGGCCACAGCUGCAACUCUGAACUAAAACCAGAAGCCAGACAGAGCUGUGAGAUCCAGAGCUGUCCCACAGAAGCUCCAGCAGCGCCGCCGGCAGCAUCGGUGUCUGGAGACGACUCCUGCCAGGACAAGCCCACGGCUAACUGUGCCCUGGUCCUGAAGGUGAAGCUCUGCUCCCACUGGUACUACAGGAAGGCCUGCUGCCAGUCCUGUAAGGCACCCAGACCCUGAAGCCUCCACACCAUCACUGGUACAAAGCUCACACUUCAUGGUGCUACACGAACGCCUGCUGCUGGCAACGGAAGGCCUUCAGGACGUCAGCAUUAGCCUUAUUACUGUUACCCUGACACUGAUGUCCACAUGUGGUCACUGUCAUCCCUUUACUCUUUAGGCACUACUACUAACGAUAGAACAUCUGAACUACUUCCCCUUCCUUCAACAUUCAGUCCAUGUUCUAAAGCUCCACCCUGUUCCAGAGGGGUUAAACAUUCACCCACCACCUCCUCCCCACACAAUGUGAAGACAGACUGACUUUAUAACACACUGGGACACACUUUGUAACAGAUAAACAACAGGUCUGUAUUCUCUCCAUUCUUCUUCUUAAGGGGCUACAGAAGGUGCAUCCAGACCACACUAAAGCCCUGAGGCAGCUUUGUUGUCACCGUGGCAACAGAUCAGGACAGAAAACAAGCUGACUGAGCCUCCUGAGGCUGUCCUGCUUCACAAACACAAACCCCUACAGAGAGUUUGGUCUGAGGUUCUGCUGCCAUGCUGUGGAGCUGCACACUUUAUCUUUUUAGUACUUGCUCUUUUUUUGUUGUUGUUGUUACCAAACUGCUGCAUUUCUCCUAAAACAAACUCAUUCUAAUAAAUCCUGUGCUCAAAAUGAACUUAAAUACAGAAAAGGAAAAAUAGAUAACUGCUGUUUGUGACUGAAUAAAGCAGGCGACAGUCUGUGGAAGCUAAACUAAAAAAGAACGUCCGUUUUAACAGACACCAAGCUGGAUGGGAACACAUGAAGAGAAGUUUACAAAAGACAUAAACCAGCCUGUUUUAGAUGAACAGUUCUCCACUCAUUCAGCUUCACACUCAGUGAUGUCAGACUCAGAACGGAGCGCUAACGAAGCAGCAAACUAAAGCUUCACUUUUUUUGAAGAGCUCCUAAAAGCAAACGUUGUCCACAGUGAGAGGCAUCAGUCUGAGUUAAUGUGUGACAGAUGAGCAUCCACAGAGAUGUACUGCUGUCCACACACUGCUGGACUUUUCAGGCUUUUCUGUGUCGUUAGCUUCAGUCGAUGCUGAAUGAAGACGUUCAGCUGGAAACUCAUCAUUUGGAUUAACAAACUGUUCAUUUCCCCAGAUCACAUGAGAACAUCUGGAUUAGCGUUAUAAGUCUGAGAUAUGAGCUGCUAGUUUAACUACACCUGUCAGAGGAAAGAAAACAGAAUGAUGCCCAGGAACUUCUUCUGGCUUUGAUGCUUCUGUCGACGCUGCAGAUGUUUCAUGAACUCAGAGGGAAGACUUCUACAAACAGCUGGAUUUCAGCUCAGGUUGAUGUUUUUUGUUGUUGUCAAAGCCUGGUUUAAAUCCAUUUUAAUGUGACCUGUUCUAGUCUCUCAUCACAGUAAAGUCCUGUUUUUAUGGACAUCAGUUUGUAAUAGACACAAACCAAAGUGAAACUGCCAAAGUACUGUUCACAACAUGUAUAAACUUUACCUUGUAAAAGCUCGAAAUACACUCAAACAACAAAGACACAGUGAAGUGUGUUUUGCUCUCAGUGUUGGUGCUGAAAUGAGGAUAAAGCUUCUACAAAGUACCCGCCUGGACAUGUUAAAGAGAGAAUUGUUCAUAUUUAGACACAGCAAACAGCAGGAACUCACUGAAGAACUCUAAAUAGAACUUAUCUGCUCCAUGGAGUCAGUAUUUUAGAACUGCAUCACUUUUUUACUUUGCUAACCAUCUUUUCCUUACUUAGUUUUUAUGUAAAAAGUGAUGCUAUUCUAAAGUCAGAAAUGACAAAAUGAACGUAAUCCAUCUGCCAGGUGGAGACAGUAAAGUUCAGAUCUAACAUCAGCUCACACCGUUCAGCGCUCCUCUAUUUCUGAGCUACACAAACAAGCACAGUUCCUUCAAUAGUUCCUUAAUGUUGGCAUGUUCCUUUAAAACCAGACCGUUUCUUUAGCAGAAAUCCAGCGUGCUUCUACAGUUUUCCUCCAGAUCAGGAUCAAACUCAUUUUAAUUCAACCCGAAUUCAUCUCCAGUGACCUGUCAAAUCACAGCAUAAAAACCAAUAAAUAAUGAUAAAUCCUAGUUUUUCCUUUGCUUUAGUGCAAAAAGGUAUGAAAUUUGUUCAGAAAAAUAAGUUCAGUUCUAACAACAUUCAUCCUCAGUUUAUCAUUUCCACAUUACAGCUUCUAGAUCAGAGUUUCUACAAAGAAACACAACAUUUAGUCACCUGGAGCUGAACCACGGAGGAUUUACUGGAGGAUCAAUACGACAAAAAAGACAAAAAACAACAAAAACAAGACAAUAUAUUACAAAAAUGAGACUCGGAAUGACAAAACAAGACAAAAGAACGGCAAAAGUGAGAAACAAAAUGAGACAAAUAACACAAAAAAGACAAAAAAAUCUGACAAAAGGCUACAAAGCAACAAAAAUGAGACAAACAACACAAGUGAGAUAAAAAAAGACACAUAAUGACAAAAAAACAAGACAAGAAAACCCACAAAAUGACAAAACAACGCACAAAACAAAAAUAAAGCGAAACACAAAGCGACAAAAUUAAGAGAAAAAACAGAAGCCCACAAAAAGGAAACACAAAAACAUGAGACAAACGACAAAAAUCAGACAAAAAAGAUUAAAAAAACGAGACAGAAAAUGGCAAAAGAACAAUCUAAUGUUUUACUGAAUGAUCAAAACAACUCAUGGUCCAGAACUUAUUUUAGAUUUACAGUUGUUCAGUUGACAGUUUGUGUUUUCUGUGUAAUUUUUCCUCGUUCCGUAGACCAGACUGGACCGUCUGUUUGACACCCUGCUCUGGAUGGGAUUUGUGACAAAUGGAAACUGAACAUGUGCGCUCAUAUUCCUGUUUCAUAGUUCAGUAAACUUCUAAAUAGAAAUAAUUGAAACACGGCUGCAGUAGAACCUGCUGGGCCAAACGCUCCUCUACAGAAUACACUGCUGUCUCCCAGAGCCUGGUUUACCUGGUGUUGCAUUGCCCACAGAGCUGCUGUUGUUGUUUUUGUUUGUACUGUAUCGCACAUAAAGAAUAAAAGAUCAGCUGUU